AUAAAAAAAAAAAACUCUCAAACUGCAACCUUUCACGUGCGCCGCUGAGAAAGUCUCCACAGUGUUCCACUCGCGGUUGCGGCGAUCAUCUUCCUCUUCCGCCCGCCGGAGCAAUCGUUCUAUUCCACUCGAAGCAGUUACUCUCUGCUUCAGCUGCGCUCGAUACUGCUCGAUCGCGUCGGCUCUCACAAGGACACAACAUGUCGAAGGAACCAGUGAAUGUGAAUGAGUUCCAAGAAUUGGCUAGGCAGGCCCUUCCGAAGAUGUACUAUGAUUACUACUCCGGAGGAGCUGAGGACCAGCACACACUUAAAGAGAACGUUGAAGCAUUUCAGAGGAUAUUGUUUCGGCCGAGAGUUCUUGUAGAUGUUAGCAGAACUAAUCUCUCAACUAAUAUACUGGGGUAUAGUGUACCAUCACCUGUCAUGAUCGCUCCAACCGCAAUGCACAAGCUCGCUCAUUAUGAAGGCGAAGUCGCUACUGCCAGAGCAGCCGCUGCCUGUAAUACCAUCAUGGUAUUAUCUUAUAUGUCCACAUGCACCGUGGAGGAGGUUGCUUCCAGCUGCAAUGGCAUUCGAUUCUUUCAAGUAUAUGUAUACAAGAGACGUGAUAUAACAGCUCAGUUAGUACUAAGAGCUGAAAGAAGUGGAUACAAGGCUAUUGUCCUCACUGUUGAUGCUCCCAGACUUGGCAGAAGAGAGCAUGACAUUAAGAAUAAAAUGAUAGCACCACAGUUGAAGAAUUUUGAAGGUCUGAUAUCCACUAAAGUCACCUCUGAUGAGGGUUCAAAUUUACAGGCUUUUGCUGAUGGUACAUUCGAUGCUUCCCUUUCAUGGAAGGAUAUUGACUGGGUAAAAUCCAUCACCACCUUGCCAAUUAUUAUCAAGGGGGUUCUUACUCGUGAAGAUGCAAUUAAAGCCAUGGAAGUAGGCGUGGCUGGGAUAGUCGUGUCUAACCAUGGAGCUCGCCAGCUCGAUUAUACUCCAGCAACGAUAUCUGUUCUGGAAGAGGUUGUUCAAGCGGUUAAAGGAAGAGUCCCGGUGUUUGUUGAUGGUGGAAUACGGCGAGGGACCGAUAUUUUCAAGGCAUUAGCCCUUGGUGCACAAGCUGUCCUCAUUGGGCGGCCUGUCGUGUAUGGCUUAGCGGCGAAAGGCGAGUAUGGGGUGAGACGGGUUAUUGAGCUGCUCAAGGAUGAGCUUGAGCUGACCAUGGCACUCUCGGGCUGCCCACGUCUAAAGGACAUUACAAGGAAUCAUAUAAUGACAGAGCGCGACCGACCUCGAUGUAUGCUAUGAUAAGUUAUUCGGCCAAGCUUGAGAGUAGACCCUAGUUCGCUAUUGAUGUGUUAAUAAAUGUAUUCAUGUCUGUAAUUUAACGCUGUGUAACUCAUCGAAGUUGUUUAGCUUCAUUACCGUGGGAGGAUUAGCCCAGUGGAUUGAUAGGAAGAUAAGUCGGCAAUUCAUUUGUUGGCAUCAUGAACCUCAGUGGGGUGUCUUCAUUUAGUAAAUCGUGCAGGUGUACACAGGCCUAUUUCUGGUACUUUUGGUAGUAGCCGGACUCAUGUUGUAAUCCGGUGGGAAGCAUUUCGUGGCCAAAACGAGCCAAAUGCCUCAAUAAGGAGGGACUACCUUGUGCUCUCACCGGAAGAGAAUGAAAUAAUGUUCUACUCGA